AACGUAAAUUCCCAAAUUACCUUUCCAAUGAAUAUAAAUAUCCAGUGCAAGAAAGGAUCUCCUUGUAUCUCACAACGGGAGAGAGAGAGGCGGUAGAUCUCAAGCCUUUUUGUUGCAGAGAUCUUUUCGGGGUUAUCGAUAGAGAGUAUUAUAGAAAGUGAAAAAAUGGGAAUGGGAGCCAUAGAGGAAGAGAGUAAGGAUAACAGAGAAAGGUCUGGGUGGUCUGGGGCUCUAUCCUUCUAAAUACCACAACUUUGUCACUUUGCUUUGUUUCAUUUGAUCCCAUGCUCUUCUCGCUAUCUCCAAUCCUGUGCCUUUUUGUCUUCCGUGGCAGCCUCCUCAGAUCCAUCAAAACAAAACCUCUUUUUUCUUCAUCUUCUUCAUCUCUGAAAAAUAUAAACAAAGUGGAUACAUAGAAAGAUAAAGAACCACAGAAAGUAUCUUCAGUACGUUACGCGUCGUUCUUAUCAUUUGGUCUCUGAAAAUGGGUACUGGUUGGAGAAGAGCCUUUUGCACUACGAUCCCGCGAGACUCAGAUUCCUCUUCACUAUCUGACAAGCAACAAAGAAGUCCUAGUUCCAGCCCAAGCCCCAGAAGCUGUACCAGAUUGGGGUUCCUCUCCGGUGGAGGUGGAAGCAACCCUUCCACGCCUCGGUUACAGUCUCAAGCAAUAGUCAAAAGCCCAAGCCUGCGUUGCCGAACAAGUACAUCAGAGGCUUCUCAAACGCCUAAUGUUAACGAAAGUCCGAGACUUGAAUGCAAUACCAGCACUCCCAAGACCCGUUCCAAGAGCCCAAGAACACUGCUUGGCUCAAACCAGACCUCUCCACGAUCCCCUCUCAAGCUGUCACUCUUCAAGAACAGUUUCAAAUUCAGAAGUAGCUGUGGAGUCUGUUUGAACAGUGUGAAGACGGGUCAGGGAACAGCCAUUUACACGGCGGAGUGCGCACACGCAUUUCACUUCCCGUGCAUCGCUGACCAUGUGCGCAAGAAUGGCAGCCUUGUUUGCCCUGUCUGCAACACCACCUGGAAAGACGUACCUUUACUCGCCGUCCACAAGCACCUUGGCUCCCAAUCCCAGCAACAGAACGAAGUGGAGGAGAACACUAACAAACACAAAAGUCACGACCUCACAGCAAAACCAAAGAUUGAAGAGAAGAAAAUGUUAGAAUCGUCCCCAAGAACUCUCAAACCCAAGCCCGAAAUACUACAGCAGCAAUCAAAACCAUCCUACGAUGACGACGAGCCGCUUCUAUCUCCCACAGCGGGUUCUCGGAUUAGCCCAAUCCCCGAGGCGGAUGAGAAUGCCGUAGAGGACGAAAACGACGACGCGGAAGAAGAGUUUCAGGGGUUCUUCGUCAAUAAUCCCAACCCUCCAUCUUCAUCCAUCAAGUAUUCCGAUGAAGCGCCAAUCAACGGCAGGGAUCAGAGGAACGUCCGGGUGAGAUUGUUACCCGAGUCUGCACUAGUAUCGUCCGGUAGGUCCCACGACACCUACGUGGUUGCUCUGAGAGUGAAGGCUCCGCCGGCUCGCAAUUCGGGAGCGUCAACGCGUCUUGACCGGGCGCCCAUCGACUUGGUGACGGUGCUCGAUGUCAGUGGCAGUAUGACCGGUGCCAAGCUGCAGAUGCUGAAGCGCGCCAUGCGUCUAGUCAUUUCGUCGCUCGGUUCGGGCGAUCGGCUUUCCAUUGUGGCCUUUUCAGCUACUACCAGAAGGUUAUUGCCCCUGAGGAGAAUGACGGCUCAAGGUCAGCGCGCCGCUCGGCGCAUCGUUGACCGGCUCGCCUGUGGUCAAGGGACUAGCGUGGGAGAAGCUUUGAGGAAAGCUACCAAGGUGCUUGAAGAUCGGAGGGAGAGAAAUCCCGUUGCCAGUAUCAUUUUGUUAUCCGAUGGUCAAGAUCAGGAGGAUGGUAGGGUCCGCGCAAAUCAACGCCAAGCUUCCAGCCACGUGUCUUCAACCCGUUUCGCUCACAUUGAGAUCCCGGUUCAUAAGUUCGGGUUCUGGAACCACCAGCACGAGCCGGACGAGGCCGCCUUGGUCAAAUGCGUUGGCGGGUUAUUGAGCGUAGUGGUGCAGGACCUGAGGAUUCAGCUUAGGUUUCCUUCUCCAGCGGAGAUCUCAGCCAUCUAUUCCUGCAAUGGACGGCCCACAGUUCUCGGCUCCGGUUCUGUUCGGCUGGGUGACUUGUACGCGGAGGAAGAGAGGGAGCUACUCGUAGAGCUGAGGGUUCCGUCCUCGGUAGCUUUAGGUGCCCACCUCGUGAUGUCCGUUCGGUGCCUUUACAAGGACCCCGCGUCACAAGAGGUUGUGUACGGCAAAGAACAGGCACUGCUUGUACCCAGUCCGCAAGCCGUUCGAUCAUCGGCUCCCAGGAUCGAACGGUUGAGGAACGUCUUCAUCACCACACGGGCCAUAGCCGAGUCCCGGCGACUAAUCGAGCACGACGAGUUUUCAAGUGCCCAUCAGUUGCUCGCGUCGGCUCGAGCAUUGUUAUUGCAGUCGAAUUCCGAAUGGGCUGAAGAGUACGUUCGCAGCUUGGAGGCCGAGCUGGCAGAGCUUCUCUGGAGGAUGCAGCAUCAGCAACAGCAGCAGAUGUUGAUGAUGAUUCAACGAAAGAGAGGCCACGAGAGGGACUUGAUGGGUGGCGCUAUAGUGGACGAGAAUGGGGAGCCGCUGACGCCGACGUCGGCUUGGAGAGCGGCUGAGAAGCUGGCUAAAGUAGCCAUCAUGAAGAAGUCGUUGAAUCGAGUCAGUGAUUUGCACGGGUUCGAAAACGCCAGAUUUUAAUAAUUUAAUGCCAAGUAUUAAAAGAAAUUAUACAUGUUUUACUCCGAAAAAAGAAGAAGAAAAGGAAUCGAGAGAGGAGAAGUGGGUGGCGUUGGGGAACAAGCAGGUUGCAGACGGCGAUGCCCCUUUUGCAGUGGAAGAUCAUAUCAGAACAGUUGAUUAGUAGGUUGGGAUUGAUUUUGCUGAAGCAUGCAUGUCUUUUUUUUUUUUUUUUGUCUUAAUUAGCGCAAUUCAACUGUUUAUGAAUCCACAUCUCUUUGUUUUGGAGAGACUCUCCCAUUCGGAGUUUGGUAGGGAUUUGUGAUGAACAAACAUGACCCAGAAAUUGGAAAAACAAAAAAGGUUGUAAAUGCUAGCUUUAAUGGAGUUCCUCCUCAAUAUAUGUUUGGAUGAAAAA